AUGGAUGCGCAACUUGCAAAUCAAAGAGGUCGGGCAGGGUCUUCUACGCCUCAUCAAUCGGCGGUAGACCUAUUCUGCUCCGGAAUAUUUGAUGAAGCUCCAAGCUCCUAUGGAGCUAGUCAGAUUGACACGGUGGACGAUGUCAGUCUUACAUCGCCACUCUCAUUUGAUGAUCUUUCUCGGGAGAUGGAUCUUCAGUCCCGACAAACGCCACGGAAAGCGAUAUUUUCCAAGAGCCAGACGCCCAAAAAUGAUUCUCUAUGGCCAUCAUCCUAUACCACAAUCUCGGACUUGCAAUUUGAUGGCUCUUCGAGCUUGGGGUCCCCGAACCCAAUAUCGCAGUCUUGCCAAACGCCACUCGCACAAUCACUCCAAGAUCAUUCGUCUAUACUGGUGGAGUACUAUUUCAAGGAGGUCUGUGGAAUGAUGUCCUGCUACGACGGUCAAUUAAAUCCAUACAGAACCACAAUAUCCGACGCCUGGUCUGGUUCUCCGUCCCUCUACUAUAUCACCCAGAGCAUGGCAGCUGCAUGUUUAUCUGAAGUUUUGCCCAAGUUCUCUUCUAUUGGCCUGCAGCUUCAAAAACAAGCAUCUAUAUUCUUGUCUGAAGAAAUUCAAGAAGAUCAGAUACAAACGUCGUCCUUGUUGGCCUUGGUUAUGCUCGGGAUGAGUCGCUCCUGGCACAACCCUGGCGAAGUGGGCCAGUCAGAGUUCGAAAUACUUGCCACGACUCUUCUUUCUUCCAAGGCUUGCCAAACCAACACAAGUCCAUCUGAUGAACAAAAGAUGUCUUUUUUUCAAAACUCCCUUGUCUACUGGCAGUUACUACUUGCCUUUGUUUCUGACAGGGAGCCGAAUAUCCAGGGAAUCAGGCAAAAGUGGGCACAGCCAGCCCAACCAGACGGGCACAGGUUGGAUGAACCACUUAUGCCCCAUCCCCAAACUGGCGUUGGAAUUGAAAUCCAGAUGCUCGUUUCUAAAGUUGGAUGUCUCGUACGAAAGGAACGAAAGCGUAUUCGCUCUCGUCGGUUCGCCUCAAGAAACGACAUCGACCAAGCCCACAAGGCCAUUCUUGAGGCAGAACAGUUACAAUCUCUGCUCUGUGCAAUUCAGCUCCCGCAUAAGGAUACGAUCGCGGACUCCGGGGAUGAAAUGACACCACCAGAUCACUUACUCAAAAUCGCCGAAGCAUAUAGAUGUACGGGCUUACUGCAACUUUACCGAAAUUUCCCCGAUCUUCUGUUGCCAUAUGCAUCACUUAAUGACCCAACGCACGAAUUCAUCACGUUCAGCCCGGAACGCGAGGCAUCCUCUACCCCGGAUACUGGAUUUCCAGAAAAUGCAUGGCUGAUUUACCUGGCCUUGCAUAUUCUCGACUUGGUACAGGACAUUCCUGUGUCAUCGACAAGUCGAUCAAUUCAACCAUUUCUACUUGUGAGUAUUUGCAGUGAGUUGGCUCUGGACCGUGCAGGCUGCUCAGCUGCCAGUGCACAGCAACUCCCUCUGGCAAGUCUCGCGUCUAGCCCAAGGUUGAGGGCUCCGGUCACCCAAAUCGAUAUUUUGCGAGCGAGGAAGUCCAUGAUCUCUCGCCUUUCAUGUUUUGAAAACAUGCUAGCUGCGAAGCCUAUACGGCAAAUGCUGCUCCUUGUAAAGGAGACGUGGGCUUGUAUGGAAACGGACCAAUCGGAUGUCUACUGGAUGGAUGUCAUGGUUGAAAAGGGAUACACCACUCUUAUGGGGUAA